GGAUCGUAGGCGGGACUGCCCAAGACCGGCUUCCGCGCUCGCACCUUUCGGACCUGCCGUUUGCCGUCGACGACCGCAGCGCAGCUGGCAGCGCGGCAAGCACAUGGCCAUUAUUAGAUGCAAACAUCAAUGCAAGGACCUUGAGCCACGCCGGCGACGCGUCCUACAUGCAAAAGCAGUAUGAGGACGCUGUGGAGAUGUACACGGCGGCUUUGAGCCACCUGCCGGGCUGCAAAGCCUUGUGCGAGAAGCGCGGCGCCGCAGCCGCAGCGGCAGCCGCCGCAGCACGGGGCGAGCAAUUUGAGAAAUUCCGGGCAAUCAACGUGGCCGACUCCUUCACGCUCCAGCUCUUGGAUGCAGCGGCGCUGCUCCGGAACGGACUGGAGCAGUGCGAGCACGGGGGGCAGCAGCUGGAUGAUGCGGUCGAGCGCCAAGCCAAGGAGGCGUUGGAGCUCGUGGAGCGUGUGGACAAGGUCACGCCGCCGGCUGCGGCUGCUGAUGUCUGGACGCUGCCUCAGUCCAAGUCCAAGGGAGUGGCCGCGCUGGCACACUGGCUGCUCGGGCGGAUUGCGCGGGAGAAGCCGGGACCAAUCACGGCGGCGGAGUCCGAGAACCAUCUACUGGAGGCUCUGGCCGCGGCGCACCAGGCUGCUGUGGGCACGGACGGCCACCAACAACUGAAGGGCGGCAUCUGGCGGGACCUGGCGGCCUCUGCCGGCAGUGAGCACCCGCUACUGGGACUGCAGCGGAACGGGCGGGUGGCCCCGGCGGAGCUGGUGGAUGCUGUAGAGGAGGCGCUCGUGGGGUGGCACGACCUGGAGCGGUGGAGGGAGGGGCGGGAGGCGCACGUCCGGCAGGUUAACUCGUACAACGCCUUCCAAAGGCUGAUGACGGCCAGCACGUGCCAGAAAAAGCACAAGGACAAGCACAAGGAAAAGGACACGGAUCAGCUGGUGCAGCUGGUGGCGCUGCUGCAAGAGCCGCCGGCUACGGGGAACCGCAACACACUCACCUCGGCGGUCCGAGACGACUUCCUGGUCGGCAACGCCAGCGUGGUGCAGGCGGUGGCGAGGAUUGUCGCGCGGCAGCUGCAGCAGCUGCCGCCUGGGGAGGAGCCGGUCUGGCGCAGCUGCAGCCAGCGGAUCCCGGUGGCGGCGGCGGCGGGCGCGGCGGCGGCGGCGCAGUCGGGCGGCCGUGCUGCUGCUGGCGACGGGCUGCCUGCUGGCGCUGCGCAGCUGCACGCUCCCCGCCCUGUCGGUUCCGCCGGGCGGGUGUUACGUGAGGGCAUCCCGCACGGACACCGGGUCUUUGCGGGCUUCGGCCCCUGGCAGGCAAUUGCGAUCCCAACAACAGCGCGCGACGACAGCUAUUGGCCCGUCACCGAGCGGCCGGGGCUGUAUGAGUGGUCUGUGCAGCCGCCAGCCCAGCAAGACAGGAUUGUCUUUUACAUAGGCAAAGCAGACGGUGAGAGGGGCCUGGAGCAGCGCCUGCAGAAGUACAGGUCGCGCGGCCUGCUCGGUCCAGCGGAGACGCUGACGCAGGUCCUGGAGGGCAAAAUGACCGGCACAGAGCUGCGCAAGGCCAGGAUUUGGGUGGAGCUGCAGGCUCGUGGGUUCCAGUUCUUCGUCCGCUGCUGGGAGUUCAAGGCGGCAGCGGCUGGGGCGGCGGCUGGGGCGGCGGCUGGGGCGGUGGGCGGCGCCACACACCAGCCGCCCCUGCCAUCUGCGGCCGACGAGGCCGCGCUGCAGGCCCUGCGGGUGGAGCAGGCCGCGGCGACCUCGGCGACGGCGCUGGAGAGGGCCUUUUUGGCGCGCAUUGAUUAUGCGUGCUGCCAGAAGUCCAACGGCAGCUAUCGGGAGCUGGUGCUGCCGCCGACCUUCGUGCAGGGCGUCGGCGUGCGGUCCCGCGUGGAGGACUGGCCGCUGGAUCCCAGCCGCGCAGCUGCUCUAAAUGCUCUGCAGCAGCUGCAGCAGGCGCCGCAGCAGGCGCAGCAGCAGGCGCUGCAGCCCUCAGGGCCGGGCGCACGAGGCCCGCUGCGGGAAAUCCAGCAUCACACGGCGGUGGGGGCGGCGGGAGCGGCGGCGCGCCCUGCGGUGCUCACGGAUAAGCGGGUGCCGCCAGAGGAGCUUGCCGCGGCACCACCCGCAGUGCACGCGCCUCAGGCGCAGGCGACGCCGCCCCAGGCGCCGCUGCCGGGAGCACACGCACGCGCGGCAGCACCAGCAGCAGCAGUGCAGAUGCCGCCGGCGGGCCAGCCACGCGUAACGCAACAGUCGCACACUGAGGCACAGCGGCUCGCGCCGCUGCAGGAGAGGCUGCUGGCGAAGCGGACCGUGGUGGGAUUAAUCGACCUAACCGGUCAGCUGGAAUUCGUCGACCUGACCCUCGAUGACGACUGAGCUGUCUAUUACCAGCGGCGUGGGCAGGUGCGGUACUUCGGCGACAUGUUGGCUCUGUGCUGUGGGGCGUGAAGUAUAGCAAGGAGAAGUUGUGACGACGCGGCCGCAUGUGUGGUGUCAUGGUUGAGGCUCCAGCUGUCAGCAGCUGUAAAGCCGCAGGAUGAGGGUGGGCUGUAUACGGUAUGCGAAUGGAGAUGCGGUACGCGUGCAUGCACAUUCACGUCACAGGUGGACCGCCAGCCCGCACGCGCGCGGGGACGUGCGAGGUCGUUUGCCCGGGCAGACACACACACACACACACACACACACACACAGACACAGACACAGACACAGACACAGACACACACACACACACACACACACACAAACAAACAAACACACACUGUUCGAGGUGACGGAAACCCACCUCUCUCCUGUGCUCCGCUGCAAUGUCAGGGACUGCAGCGGAACGGGCGGGUGGCGCCGGCGGAGCUGGUGGAUGCGAUAGAGGAGGCGCUCGUGGGGUGGCAUGACCUUGAGCGGCGGAGGGAGGGGCGGGAAAAAAUAGUAUGUUGUAUGUUCUAGGACAGCUCCGACCAACCCCCAACUAAUUCGUGUACGGCACCCCCACCCCCCGCAGCCGUACAGGAGGUAGCGUGGCAGUCGGCAGCUGCGCGAGUGGGAGCAGGUAGUUGUACGGCGGCCCGGCUCAGAAGCUACCUGACUGUAGUGACGCACACGGGCAGUUGGUGCUAGUCGGCAGGCGCGCGAGUGGGAGCCAGUUGAGCGCGCACGCGUGUGGGAAGCUGCGUAUGAGCACGGUGGAGCACGGCGGGUGUGGCGGUUGGCGCGGCGCGCGAGUGGGAGUGCAUAGUCGUGCGCGCGCCGUCUGGGAAGCUGCGUGUGUGAGCUGCGUGUAAACUCAGAGAGAC